GUUUCGCUUUCGCGUUUUAGGGAUGCCCCUAUGCCAAUUGCUUCAAAAAAUCAAAUAAACCGUAUACAUUUGCACUACCUAUUCUAAGUAAAUGUACGAAGAAAAGAUCACAAAAUGUUAGAUGUUUCGCAAUUAGAAGGUGGGAAACAGGUUUUGCUGGUUGGUGAAGGAAACUUUUCUUUCACGAUAUCUUUACUUAUGAAAAUUGCUGAUUCAACAAAGUCGCCAAUUUCGGCCAAAUUAAUCUCAUCUUGCUUUCAGAAAUACAGAAAUCUCUCCAAUACAGUCAAAGAAAAUGCGCGGUUUGCGUGUACGUUAGGUGCUGAAGUCUGGUUUGGGAUUGAUGCAACAAGUUUACAUCAACAUGAGAGAUUCAAAAAUGAGAAAUUUGAUUUCAUUGUAUUCAAUUUCCCUCAUGUAGGAGGGAAAAUGAAGAUACACCUCAAUCGCCUCCUUCUUAAAAAUUUCUUUGUAAGUUCCAGCUUAUUGUUAAGUGAGAAUGGAAAAAUACUUGUUACAUUAUGUAGAGAGCAAAGUGGAACACCAUAUGAUAAAAUCAAAAGAAAACAUGGGGAUACAUGGCAAAUAAUUGAUAUGGCUACCCAUGGAGAUCUAGUACUUGUUGAAGCCCACCCCUUCUGCUCUACCAGUUGGCCACUCUACAACUCAAAUGGAUAUCGAAGUCUAGAGAAAGGCUUCCAAUUGGAUGAAGCUAUUACAUUCACCUUUGCAAGGACUCUACUAAGGAUUGAAUGCAAAGAUAUCAAGAAUCAAGAGGACUUCACCCGUUUGCACUGCCCUUAUGUUCAAGAUCAUCUAGAUCAAAUAGAAAAUUGUAUUUUUAAAGAAACUCAGCUCUUCUCUCAUUAUAUGGAGGAAACAAAGUGUCCAGUAAGGGUCUGUGAUACUCUGCAAACAAUAUGUCUUUGUCGACAUCCAGAAAGCACCAAAUGGUGGGAAAUACUACAUACUGAGAAAAAGGAUUACGAUCUUUCAUGUUUGUUGGUGUGCUAUCCAUGUUGGGGUGACAAACCUAAAGCCCCUCAAAGGAUUAUUCUGAUGAAUCUUACAACAAAUUCUGAUGCGCCAUUGCUGAAUUUUAUCCAUCGCCGUUGUGCUAAACGAGAAGAAAAAGGAAACAGUCCUGACGUAACAAUUACACACUACCAAGAAGCAUUUAAUACGCUGGAAAUCGCAACCGUCUUUUUCGGAAAUGAUAGCAAUGACAACGCCAUCACCGUUGCUAUCUAUAUCGAUCCGUUUUUUCAACUUCAAACCAACUUCGUUGAGAGUUGGCCAAAACUUCCGUUCCCUCUAGAAUCGUAUUUAGCUCCGACGUCCAUACAUCCGCCUGCGCAUUGUCAUGACAUUUGUUUUUGGAUUCCGGUUACUUUUACACCGAAAUGUUUUGCUUGUGCACUUUUCACAGUUGCAGGACAAAUCAUAAAAAGUUUUUGGCUUAUUGAUGAAUAUUUCUGCCCAGUCAAGAAACAAAAAAGUCUAUGUUAUCGAAUAAUUUACCAGUCUCUGUCUGCAGCUUUAAGCUCGGAAAAAGCUUUUUAUUUGCAAACGAAAGUAAUAGGGCCGUUUUUGGAGGCAUGCCUCGGUAUAAUAAUACGUUAGCUAUUGGAAUUUACUUUGACACUGGGAUUCUUACGUCGCCAAUCUUCUAGUAGUUUUGCUCCGCAAAGUUUCUUUUAUACAGUUUUCUGUUUAGAAAUUUGAGAGAAGGUUAAGUAAUAAAUAAAUGACACCGAA